AAUACUUUAAAUAGAAUAAAAGUUAAUAAUUGAGGAAGAAAAACCGAAAGGCGAAGUAGUAGUGUUUUUCGUGGAGGACACUGUGGAAAGAUAGAGAGUCGGAUACCAAAGCUUCAACAGCGACGUCUACAAAUAUCGUCCUCACUUUUCGUGAUAAACAAAAGAAAUAAAUUAUUGAAAAAGUGCAGAAAAAGGGAUAUUUCCAUUUCAACUCGCGCAUCUACUUGUGCGCCUUUGGUUCUCAAACGCUACUCUUAUCUUCUUAUCAGUUCAUCAUCCCUCCUCCUUCCUCCGCCGCGAAAACUACCUCGUAUGUUGCGUGCGAUUCCUGAUUGCUUCAGCAAACCUCUUUUUUCCUGAUUUUCUCUUUCCGCUACUCCAACAACUGCUGCUGAGUAGAGAGUUAUAGCGGUAAACUCUCAUGGGUCGGUUAUGCGAUUUCUGCGGGGAGCAAAGAUCCAUAAUCCAUUGUAGGUCUGAUGCUGCUUGCUUAUGCUUAUCCUGUGAUCGGAAUGUUCAUUCUGCAAAUGCUCUUUCGAAGCGCCAUUUGAGGACCCUUUUAUGUGAAAGAUGCCAUUCUCAGCCUGCGAUAACGAGGUGCAUCCAAGAGAACACCUCACUUUGUCAAGACUGCAAUUGGUCUGGACAUUCUGCUGCACCAGCUUCAGAUGUCGAGCAUAAGAGACAGAUGAUAAAUUUGUAUUCUGGCUGCCCUUCUGCAGCCGACUUUUCAAGGAUCUGGUCCUUCUUUUCUGUUGAUAAGUCAAUUAGCAAUCCUGAACCAGAUCCUAUGAGUCUUGAAGAAGGAGAAGAAAGUCCCUCUCGAUGUGAAUUGUCGCAUGCGGAUUGCUGUACAGAAGAUACUGGUAUGGAGAUAAUAGCUCCCGAGGCUGAGCAAAUUCAUGGAGGAGGACAUGUAGAUUCUCUGAACCAGAAGGCUUGUUCGCCGAAAAAAGAUCCUGGACCCACUCACGAAACUCCCUCCCAGAACUUUUAUAUCUCAGACACUGAGUUGAGUUUAGACGACUAUGAAGCACUUUUUGAUGAAUCUCGUGAUGAAACACAACAAUUUUUUGACAAUGGUGGAGCUGAUAGCUUUUUUGGAAUGGAAGAUUAUAACACUGAAUGCAACGUUAAGGGUGUGACGACAAAGGCCUCAAGUUCAAAGGUUGAAACAUUGAAGCAGGAUUGCAGCAAUCAAUUAUCAGCUGAGUCCAUGACAAGCUGUAAAUCUGAUUCAAAUGAUUGUGUAACAAGACCAGCACAAUCUACCCACUCAAUCUCCUUCUCAGGCCGGACAACCGAGUGCAACAUCGGAGAUCUCCCGGAGAGUGGAGGGUUUUCAUCAGUAAUGAUGGAGGAACAUCAAUAUGAUAUUCAGUUUUCAUCAGCUAUCAGGGACGAUGCAGUGUUACGGUAUAAAGAGAAAAGGAAGUCUCGCAAGUUCGAUAAAAAAAUAAGGUAUGCUUCGCGCAAGGAAAGAGCUGAUGUGAGGAAGCGUGUGAAGGGCCGUUUUGUAAAAGCUGGAGAUCCGUAUGAUUAUGACCCUUUGGACCUGAUAGGAGGCCAGUGAAUGCUUCAUUUGGGGAGAUGAAUUUUGAAGCCUGAAAUAUAACUAAGAAAGAUGUAUUUGAAGGCCUGAAAUGUGUAGAGAGGAGACUGAAGUGAUGGAGAUGUUAUUUGCUAGGGGAGCUGCCUCAAACAACAGGUUCCUAUCGCCUGUAUUCUUUAGAGAUAGAGCGAGAGACACCUUGUACUUUCUUGCUCAUAAAAGAGGCAAAUUGUACAUUCUUUUGUCAGAAAAAAAGGAAGCUCCUUGGUGGUGCUUAGCUUAGCUUCCCCACUUCUAUAGAUUUUGAAGUAUGUAGUUUUUUUGUUGUUGUUCUUACACUGUAGUCUGAAACCAAACUCCUUGAUUAUAUGUAAAUUAGAAUCAUCAUGGUAUGUAGUUUGUUGGGUUCUUGGGA